AUGCCUUUUGCUUCUAUAUUGAUCACGUUUAUAAUAGCUCUUGGUCUAUUGCUAAUUGGUGUUAAGCUCAACGAAAGACAUGACGACGCGGUUGUGAGAGACGGCGUCUACAACUGUUAUGUCAUCAAACCUGGAGUGUUUGCCGCCGGAGCCAUUUUGGCCGCUUUAAAUGUUCUUAUCGGAGUCUUAUAUUAUGAAACCCUCAACUCUAAAGGGAAGGAUGCCAGCAAUGUACUGAGUCCGAAACAAGGUGGCAUAACCCUGGCACAGCCUCAGCUUCCCGUAGAGAAUCCGGGGUUCGUGCAUGGAGAUGCCCAUAAAAAGCACCAAAUCGGUUGA